AUGUCUAAGUUUGUUUUGCUGUUGAUUUCUAUGACUAUAUUUGAUAAGACAGCAAAAUCGCAAUAUCUCCGGCAGCAACCCUACAGCAUAACUCCAAGACAAAUGCCGGAAUACAUCGAAGGGCCCAGAGUUUACGACGGACCAAGGAUCUUCGAGGGCCCUAGAUUCUACGAUAGUCCCAGGCUCAUCGAGAGUCCGAGGCUCAUUGAGGGCCCUAGGCUCAUCGAGAGCCCUAGAGUGAUAGAAUCCCCUAGGAUAUACGAAGCGUCAAGGAUCAUCAACCAGCCUGUGAUAACCGAGACACCAUGCAACAGUGUCGCUCCAAGGGUUCCAUCGACCACGAUAAUUACGGACUGCACUCCGACCGUCUGCAAGAACUUGGCCAACACAAUCCAGUUAAUGAUCAUCUGUAAUUUACUACAGAACACAAAGGGUGGUCCCGAAUUGGCUUUGCAGUUGGCAUCUCCGGUACUAAACGAAGUUUUUACUUCGCCGGCCUUUUCAUGCGGCUGUCCUAAUCCGUUCUCGCCUAACGUCGUUUCUCCUAAAGCGGUUUCCCCUAGCAUGGUCCCUAACUUUAUAACGGCAGCUUUUAACAGCCCCGUAAGUAAUGCACAGCCGACAUGCAGCUUGUUAUCGAAUCUCAUGAGCUUAUUUGGUAACUCUAUAUAA